GCUGCCGGGCGGCGGAGGGAGGAAGGAAGGGAGGGAGGGAGGGAGGGAGGGAGGCGGGGGCUGGAGGCACCGCCACCAUCAUGUCCUAUGCGCCCUUCCGGGGGUCCCGACGCCCCAGCGCCGCCGCCGUCGCCGCCGCCGCCGCCGCAGAUGUGCGAGGAGCCCCCCUGCACCGCACCCAGUACAUGCACUCCCCUUACGACCGGCCCUGGAACCCACGCUUCUGCAUCAUCUCCGGAAACCAGCUGCUGAUGCUGGAUGAGGAAGAGAUCCACCCGCUGCUGCUCCGCGAACGCCAGAGGGACCCCACCCGCAGCAAGCUCCUGCGCCGCACGGUCAGCGUCCCCGUGGAGGGGCGCCCCCACCCCGAGCACGAAUACCACGCCGCCCGCAACCGGCGGAAGAGCGUUCCUGGAGGGAAGCAGUACAGCAUCAACAUGGACGCCCCGCCUGCGCCGCCCUUCCGGGGCUCGCAACAGGGAUUCCUCAGCCGACGCCUGAAGAGCUCCAUCAAGCGCACCAAGAGCCAACCCAAGCUGGACCGCACCAGCAGCUUCCGCCAGAUGCUGCCUCGGUUCCGGAGCGCCGACCAUGACAGGGCCCGCCUCAUGCAGAGCUUCAAGGAGUCCCACUCGCACGAGUCCCUGCUCAGCCCCAGCAGCGCCGCCGAGGCCCUCGAGCUCAACCUGGACGAGGACUCCAUCAUCAAGCCCGUCCACAGCAGCAUCCUCGGGCAGGAGUUCUGCUUUGAGGUCACCACGUCUUCUGGCACCAAGUGCUUCGCCUGCCGCUCCGCCGCCGAGCGCGACAAAUGGAUCGAGAACUUGCAACGCGCGGUCAAGCCCAACAAGGACAACAGUCGUCGUGUGGACAAUGUGCUGAAGCUGUGGAUCAUCGAGGCGCGAGACCUGCCCCCCAAGAAGCGCUACUACUGCGAGCUGUGCCUAGAUGACAUGCUCUAUGCCCGCACCACCAGCAAGGUGCGCACAGACAACGUCUUCUGGGGGGAGCACUUCGAGUUCAACAACCUGCCGGCGGUGCGGACCAUCCGGAUCCAUCUCUACAAGGACACGGACAAGAAGCGCAAGAAGGAUCGCAGCAACUACGUGGGCAUGGUCAGCAUCCCCAUCGCCAGCGUGACCGGGCGCCACUUUGCCGAGCAGUGGUACCCACUCAGCCAGCCCAGCGCCAGCAAGAGCAAGUCCGGUUGCCCGGCUGUCCGGGUCAAGAGCCGCUUCCAGACCAUGAGCAUCCUCCCCAUGGAGCUCUACAAGGAGUUUGCUGAGUAUGUUACCAACAACUACCGCAUGCUCUGUGCUGUCCUGGAGCCAGUCCUCAGCGUCAAGAGCAAAGAGGAGGUGGCCUGUGCCCUCGUGCACAUCCUCCAGAGCACUGGCAAGGCCAAGGACUUCCUUUCCGACAUGGCCAUGACGGAAGUGGACCGCUUCAUGGACCGGGAGCACCUGAUCUUCCGGGAGAACACGCUGGCCACCAAAGCCAUAGAGGAGUAUCUCAAACUGAUUGGACAAAAAUACCUCAAGGACGCCAUUGGCGAGUUCAUCCGUGCUUUGUACGAGUCAGAAGAGAACUGCGAGGUGGACCCCAUGAAGUGCUCAACGUCCACCCUGGCCGACCAUCAGGCCAACCUCCGCAUGUGCUGCGAACUGGCCCUCUGCAAAGUUGUCAACUCCCACUGCGUGUUUCCGCGGGAGCUGAAGGAGGUCUUUGCCUCGUGGCGCCUGCGCUGUGCGGAGCGGGGCCGAGAGGACAUUGCGGACCGCCUGAUCAGCGCCUCCCUCUUCCUGCGCUUCCUGUGCCCGGCCAUCAUGUCCCCCAGCCUCUUCGGCCUCAUGCAGGAGUACCCCGACGAGGAGACCUCCCGCACCCUCACCCUCAUCGCCAAGGUCAUCCAGAACCUGGCCAACUUCUCCAAGUUUGGAAGCAAGGAGGAGUACAUGGCCUUCAUGAACGAGUUCCUGGAGAUCGAGUGGGCCAGCAUGCAGCAGUUCCUCUAUGAGAUCUCCAACCUGGACACGCUCACCAACAGCAGCAGCUUCGAGGGCUACAUCGACUUGGGCCGGGAGCUCUCCACCCUCCAUGCCCUCCUCUGGGAGGUCAUGCCCCAGCUCAGCAAGGAGGCCUUGAUGAAGCUGGGCCCGCUGCCCCGGCUCCUCAACGACAUCAGCCUCGCUCUCAGGAACCCCCACAUCCAGCGCCAGCCCAGCCACCAGGGCGACCGGCUCCAAGCCAAGCCCCUCAUCCUCCGCGGACCCUCCACCGAUGUCCAGUCCUCCUACAUGAUGCGUGACCUCAACAGCUCUGUCGACAUGCAGUCCUACAUGAUGCGGGGCAUCAACAGCUCUGUGGACAUGACCCGGUUGCCUUCGCCCACCAAGGAGAAGGGCUCCAAGGGGGACAUGUUCUUUGUGGCCCGGCCCCCGCUGGCCCGCUCCUCCCCGGCCUAUUGCACCAGCAGCUCGGACAUCACGGAGCCGGACCAGAAGGUGCUGAGCGUCAACAAGAGCGUCUCCAUGCUGGACCUGCAGGACAGCCGCAUGAACAGCAUCUCCAACCUCCACAGCGUGGGCGACCUGCUCAACAGCAGCCAGGCCUCCAUCACGGCCGGCCUGGGGCUUCGGCCCAGCCGCCUCUCCCAGGGCAGCGGCUCCAGCAUCGCCGCCGGCCUGCGCCUCAGCCAGAUGGGCGUCACCACCGACGGGCUGGGCGGGGGCACCUCUUCGGCCCAGCAGCUGAGGAUACCCCUUUCCUUCCAGAACCCGCUCUUCCACAUGGCCUCUGAUGGGCCAGCAGCUGGGGGCCACGGCGGGUCCCACCACCCGCAUUCGCACUCACACUCGCACUCGCACCGGCCGGCCGAGGGCAACCCGGACGCCUCUGCUUCCACCUUUGCUCCCUUCCAUGGCUACAGCAAGAGCGAGGAUCUCUCUUCCGCCGCCGCCGCUGCCGCCGCCGCCUCCAACAAGCACAUCAUCCACAGCCACAGCUACAGUGACGAGUUCACCCGGCAGGGCUCCGAGUUCACCAAGCGGCAGCUUUCCCUGCAGGAAAACCUGCAGAACAUGCUCUCGCCCCCGCAGAUCACCAUCGGGCCCCAGCCCCAGCGUGCCCCUUCUGUGGCCACCGCCGGCCCCACGGCCCCACAGCCCCCCCUCCAGCGGGGCAAGUCCCAGCAGCUGACCGUCUCAGCCGCCCAGAAGCCCCGGCCCUCCAGCGGCAACCUCCUCCAGCCAGAAGUCCCCUACGGAGCCCCUCCUCGCGGGCGGCAGCAGUCGCUGGCCAAGGAGACACCCUCCGCCCUCAAGCCAUCCCUCACCAAGCAGCAAUCACACACGCCUUCAACACUGAACCCGGCCAUGCCAGCCUCGGAGCGGACGGUCGCCUGGGUCUCCAACAUGCCUCACCUCUCGGCCGACAUCGAAAGCUCCCACAUCGAGCGAGAGGAGUACAAACUCAAGGAGUACUCUAAGUCCAUGGACGAGAGUCGGCUGGACCGGGUGAAGGAGUACGAGGAGGAGAUCCACUCGCUAAAGGAGCGCUUGCACAUGUCAAAUCGGAAGCUUGAGGAGUACGAGCGGCGUCUACUGACUCAGGAGGAGCAGACCGGCAAGAUCCUGCAGCAGUACCAGCAGCGCCUGGAGCAGAGCGAGAAGCGCCUCCGGCAGCAGCAGGUGGAGAAGGACUCCCAGAUCAAGAGCAUAAUUGGCAGGUUGAUGCUGGUGGAGGAGGAACUGCGCAGGGAUCACUCGGCCGCCCACGACGCCUCCGAAACGCGGAAGCGGCUGCUCGACGCUCAGGAGAGGCAGCUUCCCGCCGUGGGUGCAGCAAACCUGCGUCUGAGCGCCGCUAUGGCACCCCCACCGCCCUGGAACGGGAUCCUCCCCGGGCCACCGCCUCCGCCCCCGCGACUCCAGAUCACGGAAAAUGGAGAGUUUCGCAACACCGCGUCUGAGCAGCACUAGCAACCGCCCCCCCCGCCCCAACGAUGACCACGGCCCACCCGGACUGCCCGCCUGGCCCACCCGCCCCAAGGACGACAGCGGUGGGGCGGGGGGUGGUGGCAGCAGUGGUGGGGGGCGGGGGGUGGACGGGCGAGUGGGGCGGGGGCGGUCCAGACCACCGCCACCUCCACCAUCAGGCACAGGGUCCCCCCCACAUACACAACGCCGGGGGGCCCGGGUGCAACUUCAGGGUGUUUUAUAGCAGGACACAGACGACAAUCUUACCCCCAACCCCCUCGCCUCCAUCACCCACCGCCCGCCCGGAGAUCUCUUCCUGCCCCAGAGACGGGAGGGGAGGGGUCCCCUUCUGCCCCUCUCUCCCUCCGCCCCCUCCCCAGGUAUUUCUCAGGAGUGGCCCCUUCCCCCUCCCCUCCCGUGGCAGUGGAGGGGGGCCGGAAAGAGGUGCCCCCCACUCUCCACCACUCAGCACUUUCUGCUUUGCCUUGGGGUCGGGGGGUAGGCUGGCCCUGGACCCCCCAGCUAGCUGCCAUGACGGGUUGUGGGGAGGGAGCAGCUCUUCCACGUCCUGAGGGGAGACACUGGAGGGUGGGGGGGGGGGGGUCUGGAGGGCCCUGUGCCCCCUGUUUCAUGCCUCCAGCGCUCCAAGGCAAGGCAGUGCUUUCUCUCCCCCUCAAAUCCACUUGCGAAUGUGCGAAUGUGGGGAGGGGGCUGCCAGGCCCACUUCCUGUUCUCCCCCCUCACCACCACCACCUCCACCACAUAUCUCUGCUGCGCUCCAUUCUCCGACAAAGGGCUUUGCCUGCUCUGUACAGUGCCCCCCGACCCAGAUACUCUCUCUAUUUCUUUCUUCCUUUCUUUCCUUGCUAUAGAUACUAGCUCUGUUUUACUGGAGGGGUUGGGAAAGCAGGGUGGGGGGCAACGCUUUCCUUCUUCCCUCAGCCCCAGAAGCCCCCACCCCCCAUAUUUCUGGGUGAGGGGCUUGUCAGGCUCCCACUCUCACGCCUCCCUCCCUCCCUCUCCAAAAGAAGAAGCCAUUUUGAACUGCCCAGUUUUGUGCAGGUGCUCAGGGCGGGGGGUGGGGUGGGGAAGGUGGGGAUGUGGGGAAGGGGGGGAUGCUGUUGCCCCCCCAGUGGCCCCCAAUAUGGGGGGUGGGGGAGGCGGAGGGAAAGGGGACUGGCCCCCCUCCCACUCGUGUGGUGCUUGCUUGCUUGCUUGCUUGCUUGCUUGCUCGCUGUCCGCCCGUCUGUCCGCCUGUCCGCCAGUCGGUCCGCGGGUCAGUCGUCCAGCCGGCCGGCGGUCAGUCGGUCAGUCGCUGCCGCCGCCGUCGCUUGGGGUCAGGGGGGCAGGUCGUGGUCACGCUCGGUGCGUGGGUGUCGUGGGUGUUUCUCUUUCUGGCUAUUCCGGUGCCCCCUCCCCACUCGCCAUUUUAGCAGCCCCCCACCCAUCUCUCUUUCGUUUCGCGUUCCCCCCUCCUCCUUCGCUCGCUCUGUCUCGUUCUUUUCGCCCUCCCGCCCCACCCCGAUGAGGACGGUGCCUCUGGCGGCGCCGUAGAUAUUUAUACGUAUUAUUAUGAUGACAAUGAAUUAUUAUUAUUAAUUAUUAUUAUUAUUAUAACAUAAAAGUUUGUAUAUAUGUGAAACCUCUUCCCAGGACCCCCGCCCCCCCAUUGCCCACCCCUGGCUGCCUGCUCCCCAAAACGGCCUGCCCCCCCAGGUGUAAUUACCGCGGGAUUUGUACUGUACAUAAGAAAGAGAGCAACCUUCCUUCCUCUCUCUCUCUCUCUCUCUCUCUUUCUCUCUCUCUUUCCCAAAAGGGGAGGGGGUUCGGGGCGUGGGGGGCACGAAUCCCCCAGACUCAUAGGGAGCUCCCCAGGCUCUUCUCUCUCUUUCAAGCUCUCAAGUUUAUUUUAUGUCAAAUUUAUUUUUUUCUCUCAUUUUUUUCUGGAGUGUGUGGUGAAAACAGAAGAAAAUGUUUAAUAAAAAGCAAUUGGUCUUUUA